CCUUGAGACUUGUAAUGAGUUGAGGUUGUGAUCACCGACAGUGAAGGGAUAUAAGCUGCACCAACAGUCUACUGUCUGACAAAUAGCGGUCAAAACCAGGGGAAGACUUAGGAUAUGCCCCUGAAACAAAGCAACUGGACACGGCAGCUGUUGCACAUACAAACGACUUCCGCUGGGUUAUAUAAAGACAAUGAUCUGUAAUUCUUGGUAUAAUACGUAUAUCAUGGUAAGCAUUAACCGACUUACAUGAACUUCGUAACAACAAAACUCCAAUGCUCUACCAACUUAUUCUCACGAUCACAAUAUACAAUCAUUAUAGGCUGGAAGUUUAGGACAGUACUGAAGUUUAUUUGAUGUUGCCAACUGGCGGCGCUGUUUAUUAUCGGAGUCUUAGCAAAAAGAAAACAGUUGAGUUAGUGUUGCUUAUUGAUUAAACUACGUUAAACUCCCGGCUAACACCCUGUCUCGUUUAACACGUCGCUGUUAAAUCUGGAUUUAUAUAAUAGCGCCAUAUCCGUUCUUGUAGAUUUUACUGUACAGGAUUUAUUUCGUACGCCGGUACCUACCGUAUGUUUCCACAAGAUGGAUAUGGUACUGAGCCUUCUGAUAUUUUCAUCUGUGAUCCUUAGCAGUUCAGGUGAUACUUCUACUGGCGACGAAGCUUUACCGGUUCAAUGCACACGUACCUGUGUACCAAGUAAACCUAUUUGCGGGAGUGAUGGAAAUACCUACCCCAGCGAAUGUCACCUAAAGAAACGCAAUUGCGUUAAAAAGGACUUGGUGAAGCAAUGCAACGGACCGUGUAGAAAGGUGAAUGGUCACAGUUGCUGUAGUAUUAAAAAAAGAUGUCCAAAGAGCUUUAGAACAUCAGGACCGGCUUGCGGUACCAAUGACGUCACUUAUCCAAACUUGUGUCUACUAGCGAUAGCGGUUUGUAAAGAAAAGGGAUUGAAAGUUAAAGGUGAAAAGAAAUGCAGUGACAUUGUUCCAACGGAAUCUCCGGCAAAACCAACUGAGGGAGAGUACUGUGUUGAUAAACAAUUUGGGAAACAAUGUCGAGGCGAAUGUAAAACAGUAAAUGACGUUCACUGCUGUGACAUUCGUACCAGGUGUCCUCAAGUAUUUAAAACAAGCGGUCCAGUUUGCGGCACCUUUGCCAGUCUCCUAAAAAUGAACAAUCACCACUGUUGCGACAUUCGAAAUCGGUGUCCAAAUAAAUUGAAGAAAACUGGAUCUGUCUGUGGAACUGAUGGACGAACCUACGGGAACCAGUGUGCACUUGCUAGGAAAUCUUGUCGCGAGCAUGGUUCAAUACUGCGGAUGGCACAUAAGGGCUCCUGUAUAAAAAAUAAACCUCCGCGUCCUACCAGGCCAAGUAAAUUGAUUCCCGCUUUCGAUAAACGUGGAAAUGAUUUGCCGGGGGAGGGAGAUAUGACGAUGCCGCCUUUCCUUAUCACAGAUUUACUGAUCCAAAGAGAUCACGUCGACGAAGAUCCUUGUAGAGCUGACUGUCCAUCUUGGGACAGUCCAGUAUGCGGAAGCAACAUGGUAACUUACAAGAAUACCUGUGAACUGAAGAAGGUGCAGUGUAAGAAGCCAUCAAUUCGACAGUUCUGCGAUGCAAGGUGCCGCUUGGAUGACGGUAGAAAUUGCUGUAUGAUGAUCAAAAAGUGUCAUAAGAGCCUAAAAAACACAGGUAUUGUCUGCGGAAGUGACGGAAAAAACUACGCUUCCGAAUGCCACCUUUUUCGUGAGGCGUGUCGAACCGUCGAAUUCAACCUACAAAAAGACUCCGAUGGACCAUGCCCACCUGAUCAAACACAGACUGUUAAAAUGAAAUUCUCAAUGAUCGAGUGUUUAGCAACGUUCCAUUGUCCUAUCGACUUGGCCUUGGCGGGGGAAGUGUGCUCCGAUAUUGGAACAACAUACCAGGAUGAAUGUGCUUUGAAGUUUGACAGUUGCUGGGGAGAAAAUCGAAAUAUUGGUCUGGAUUAUGUUGGCCGAUGUAAACCUUGAAGAAAGAACGAGCAAGCUGACUAACACAUUGAUGAUACAUCAGUGAUACCCAGAAAAAAACAUUAGGCCUGGAAUGAUUUUUAGAUCUACUUAGACAUCAUCAUAAAUAUUGGUGAAUGCAGGUUUUUCUCGUGAGGUCUGUCAUGAGCUCCAAUUAGGCCUAGCGGUCCUUAAUUUUGACGAUUAAAAGAGCAGUAGACUCAUUGCUCGUGCUCACGUCACUGUUCGCAAAUACAGUAUGUUAUAAUGGUAUUUGGUGGGGUACAGUAUGUUAUAAUGGUAUUUGAUGGGGUACGGUGGCAUCACAGAGCCAAUUACGAAACGUAAAGCUUCAGGAUGCUUACAUUUAAUUUUCGAAUUUUUUUUUAGCUUACUAGAAUGAUGUGCUUACAAACUAAUGGCCCACCUAUUUUAUAACCAAUCCUGAUAAGUAAUAAUUAUACUGUUAAUUUAAAUAAUUGUUAAAUCACAUGGAGAAUAGAACAUAUAUGAAGAAUAGAAUAUAUAUGAAUAGAAUAUAUAUAUAUAUAUAUAUAUAUAUAUAUAUAUAUAUUUGAAGAUGCUUGUAUUAAUUUUUAUCUAAAUUUUUUUUAAAUCUUACCGUACGUCAUAAUCUGGAAAGUAACAGCGUAUCACGUGGUAUAAACUUUGCUGCAAACAGAUCAAACGUUAUAUAUAUUGUAUAUUUAAGAAAUGUAAUUUAAAGCUGCUAUUUAUUGUCUUAGAUUUCAGCAUAUUUGUCAUUUUAUAAAUCUAUCGAAAUUCUAAUAUUAGUAGUAAUUCGGUAGUUUGUUGUUCUUGUGGACUAAAUACACAAUGGACCGUCUGGAUUUUCAAUCAAACUUACCAACUGACCAAUCAGAACAAGACCAGGAAUACGCGCGUGACGCACGGACACAAGAGCUGUCUAACAAACGCACUUGUUUGCCCAUGUUUGUACACAUUCGUUUGCUUGGACCUUAGCUACAAUCAGAGCCGUAGAUAGAGAGAGUUUGGCCAACUCUGUUUCACGGGAUUCGAUAUACGCGCGUGUGAUUGGGUGGAUCGCAAUCACAUGACUUACACCGGCCAUGUUGUCACCAAAACAAACCAUUAAAGCUAUACGCGCGCAUGCGCCUGGGCUGUUUGGUAACGACAUGGUGUUCAUGAGCUAAGUUGGCCAAACUCUCUCUCUAUCUAUGGCUCUGGCUACAAUAACAGUGGGGCUUAGCGGGACGGUUUUAUUUGCACGAAUCGAAAGCGUCGGUUCAUGCGCAUUCACAUUUCUAUUGGAGUUUUCGCUUCAGUGAAAUCAGUUCGAACUGUUUCUAUUUUUGCGAAGCGAAAAGUGCGCCACCAAUCAGAGCUAGGGGAAGCGAACCGACGCUUUCGAUUCACCUGGUGGAAAACAGGCUUAAUGGUACAAUGAUACAGAAAAAAUCACGGUACAUAUUAUAGAGGGAAGUGCCAUUCAAGAUUCAAGUAGGUCAACAUUUUCAUGGGGAUAAGUCAAUCUUAUGGAACCUAAAGGACAAAAUUUACAAGAUUAUUUUUAUACAAAUUGGAUUAACAGUAUGGUCAAUGAAUAUUUUAUACAUUUGACCAAUGGACUUGACACAGAUAUAGUAAUUUGUAUAUAAUAUGUAAUUCUCAUGGUUUCAUGGUAAGUUUAUAACACUUAACUCUUUAAAAUAAAUUUUUUUUUUUAUGAAA